UCGACCCAGAGACUUUCUCUGUUUUUUUUCCCUCUCCAUCUUAGGAGCGUAGGUAGACGGCCAUAUCCACACGCGCAAGGUGUGGUGCGUGCAGAACAGGUAGCAGGAUCAAGAAUCCAUGGAGCGGUCAGUGCCGGCGCCGGUAGAGGUGCCCAAGUUCUUCGUGUGCCCGAUCUCGCUGGAGAUCAUGAGGGACCCGGUCACGCUGUCGUCGGGGAUCACCUACGACCGGGACAGCAUCGAGCGCUGGGUGUUCAACGGCGGGCACGGCGACUGCCCGGUCACCAAGCUGCCAUUGGGCGCCUCCGGCCUCGAGCCCACGCCGAACCACACGCUCCGACGGCUCAUCCAGGCCUGGUGCGCCGCGCAAGCCGUCGAGCGGUUCCCCACCCAGCGCCCGCCCGUCGACGCCUACCGCGUCGCCGCGAUCGUGGACGAGGCGAACAGGGGUGGCCAGCAGGAGCUCCUGGCCUCGCUUCGGGAGCUCGCGGACAUCGUCGGCGAGAGCGACCGCAACCGGCGCUGCGUCGAGGGAGCGCCCGGCGCCGUGGAGUUCCUUGUGUCCGUCGUGAAGAAGCACGCCGCGGGCACGGCCAAGCUUCUCGUGGGAUCCCAAGCGGAGAUGUACGGUGUGCUGGACUCGCCCAAGGCGAGCUCGCCGGAGGAGGCGGCUCUGAGCAUUCUGCAUUCGGUUAAGCUAUCCGAGGAGAGCCUAAAGAGAGUCCUAGACGGAAGCGACGAUUUCUUGGACACCUUAGCGUCCGUUCUGCGGUGGCCGAGCUACCGGUCGCGCACGUACGGGAUCCACCUGCUGAAAGCGGCGUUGUCUGCGAUGACGCCGUCGCGCCUGUCAUCGGCAAGCACCGAGCUGGUCGAGGCCGUGGUGAGAGUGGUGACGGACAGGACGUUGUCGCCAAAGGCGAUCAAGGUGGCACUACAUGUGCUUUGCCGGCUUUGCCCGUGGGGCCGGAACCGCAUCAAGGCGGUCGAGGCCGGCGCCGUUGCGGCGCUCGUGGAGCUGCUCCUCAACGAAGGGUACGGUGGCAGCAACGGCCGCGGCGGCAAGCGGACAUGCGAGCUCACAGCGGUGGCCAUGGACCAUCUGUGCGGCUGCGCUGAAGGGCGUCUGGAGCUGGUUGAACACCCAGCAGGGCUCGCGGUGGUGGCGAGGGCGGCGACACGGCUGUCCCCUACAGGCACCGAGAGCGCGGUGCGCACGCUGCACGCGGUGGCAAGGCACUCCGCAACCCCGGCGGUGCUGCAGGAGAUGCUGGCCGUCGGGGUGGUGGCGAGGCUGCUGUACCUGGUGCAGGCCGGCGUCGACGGCGAACGGCCAAGGGAGAGGGCGAGGGAGAUGCUCAAGAUGCACGCCAGGGUUUGGAGGGGCUCGCCGUGCCUGGCGUCGCACUUGGAAUCCUACCCUUGUUGAUAUCGCAUGACGCAACCGAGCAAGAUCGAAGCAAUUGCUUUGGUGAUCAUUCUCACCUUCAGUCUCAUCUUGUUCGUCCCAUCAUACGAUUCUUUGUAAAUUGGCAAACCUUUUUCUUUGCUUCCAUUUUAGCAUGUAAAGACUGUAUUCUUAAACCGGAAGGUUUGAUGUAUAACUUCCCCAAGAUUGGAGUAUUGAAUCAAGAGAUACGUUACACUAGGUAUAAA